AUGGAAGUAGUUAGGUGCCCCGAACACGGUGUCUUCUGUUUGCUGAAGACUGGCGUCCGCGAUGGUCCAAAUAAAGGAAAAAGCUUCUAUAUAUGUCCGGCGGACGCAUGCGGAUUCGUUCAGGCCACGAACAUUCCUGUUGCCUUUUGUUUAUUGCAUGAGAACUUUAUGGUAGAGCUUCAGGGUUUGCUUCUGCCAAAAGGCAAGGAAGAAUACAGAUUAUUCUUCCGAUGCACUAGAAGUAAGGCAGAGGGGAAGCAAUGGUGUGAAAGUAUUCCAUGGCAGGAUCCUAAUUCCAAAGAGCGUUCUGUAACCAGUAAGGCCCAGGAUGCCUCUGAAUCAUUUCAUCAUCUUUCUGCUCAGCAGAGAAAUCCAUUUAAAGUACUUGACAAGAAUCAGCAACCUUCUCUCUGGAGACAGCUCAUCAAAGGUGAUGGUGAGGAAGGGAUGGCAGAGAAGCAGCAAAGAGAAAAGGGAGAUCAGCUCUUGGAUGGAAAGAAGGAACAGAAGCCCGAAACGUCCAGCACUGUGGUCAAGAAAAACCAAUCUUCUGUUCCAGAGAAGAAGCAUGGGGAGAAAACAGAGUUCAGGGGUCGAACAGUGGAGACUGAAGACACGCAAAGAAGGAAUCUCUCUGAAAUUAGACCUAGACAUUGCCUUAGUGAUGGACUGAGGAAACCAACUGCUGCUUCUCAGGACAAAUCAAAUGGGGAGAGUCAUAGCAUCAUAAUAGAACCAGAGUCUCGGAAAGGAAAGGAAACAAGACUGUUAUCUGAAAAUGUUCACACUCAGAAUCCAAUUAGCAAGCUUCAGAAAGAAGGGCACAUCAGCAAGGAGCACUCCAAGACCUGCGAGGCUGGCAGCACAAAAGUGAAGGAUGACUCACGCAUGCAGACCAUCCACAAGAAGCUGUCUGAUGGGAAUGUCCAAGGGCACUCAGGGAGGCCUGAGGUGCCUGCUGCAUCACAAGCGACUGCCCAGCCUGCAGCACCAGCAGCAGGCCUUUCCUGGGGAGAGGGACAGGAGGCUGACACAAGCAGCAGCAGUGACAGUGAAGAAGAGGAUGUUAUUUUUGUUUCCUCUGAGCCAGGGAACCUCCUGCCUAGCCUGACUUUGGUACCACAGAAGAAGGAGAAUCUUAAACUAUUUUCCCAAAAUGAACACAGAAAGAUCCCUCCUGUCUCAGGUGUUUGCAAAAAGGCAGAGUCUUCAGACCCAGCAGGCCAGCGAGUAUAUCUCACAACACAGCUGAAACAAAAGAAGAGUAUACUAGCAUCAGUGAACAUCCAGGCUCUUCCAGACAAGGGUCAGAAGUUGCUCCAGCAAAUCCAGGCGUUAGAGGAUGCAGUCAGUGCUCUUUCCCUCUCCCCAGAACAAGAAACUAAUGAGAAGAGUAACACCCAAAUAUCACCACAGAGUAGCUGCAUCAAGACCACCCCUGACCCUCCUCACUUGGUGCCUCCCGAGCCCCUGCACCAUCAGGAUCCUCAGUGCCCUGGUGCUCUAGGACUGAAAACUGAAGGACCCAGUCACCCCUAUGCAGGUCAUACAGGUCAAGAUCGCCUUCAUGCUGGGUGGAAAAUCAUAAGUGAAGCCAUUGAUGAAUUGCAUCGAUCAUUUGAGUCAUGUCCUAAUGAGACAGCAGUGGCAGAAGAUCCUCCAGGGUUGAAGGUUCCUUUGCUUCUGCACCAGAAGCAGGCAUUGGCCUGGUUACUAUGGCGGGAAAGUCAGAAGCCACAAGGGGGAAUUCUGGCGGAUGAUAUGGGUUUAGGAAAGACUCUAACAAUGAUUGCAUUUAUCCUAACCCAGAAGAAUCAACAGAAAGACAAAGAAAAGGACAACACGCCAAUUACGUGGCUCUCUAAAGGUGAGUCUUCUAGCUUUGUUUCCCAUGGAACAUUAAUCGUGUGUCCUGCUUCCCUGAUCCAUCAUUGGAAAAAUGAAGUAGAGAAACAUGUGAGCCACAACAAACUAAGAGUCUAUCUCUAUCAUGGGCCAAACCGGAAUCAGCGUGCAAAAGUCCUCUCCUCAUAUGACGUAGUGAUCACUACCUAUAGUCUUCUGGCCAAGGAGGUUCCCACAAAGAAGCAUGAGGGAGAGGUCCCAGGUGCAAACCUUAGUGUGGAGGGCAUCUCUGUACCCUUGCUUCAAAUAGCCUGGGCUCGAAUUAUAUUGGAUGAAGCACACAAUAUUAAGAAUCCCCGAGUGCAGACCUCCAUUGCCGUGUGUAAGCUACAGGCCCAGGCACGCUGGGCUGUCACAGGAACCCCCAUUCAGAACAACCUGUUGGACAUGUACUCCCUGCUGAAGUUUCUUCGUUGUUCUCCAUUUGAUGAGUUCAGUCUUUGGAAGAAUCAGGUUGACAAUGGCUCAAAGAAAGGAGGAGAAAGGUUAAGUAUUUUAACCAAGAGCCUUCUGCUGAGGAGAACCAAGGACCAGCUGGACUCCACUGGCAAGCCUUUGGUGGUGCUACCCAAGCGUAAAUUUCAGUUGCAUUCUUUAAGGCUUUCAGAAGAUGAAGAGAGUGUUUACAGUGUCUUUUUUGCAAGAUCAAGGUCAGCUCUGCAGUCCUAUCUAAAAAGACAUGAAAAUGAGAUCAACCCUUGUGGAAAAAGCCCUGAUAACCCAUUCAGUAGAGUGGCACAGGAGUUUGGAUCCAGUGCGCCUGGACACUGUACAGUAGCAAGCUCCCAAGGAUCCAGCACCAUCCACAUACUGUCCCAGUUGCUGAGACUCCGUCAGUGUUGCUGCCAUCUGUCUUUACUGAAGUCGGCCCUGGAUCCGACCGAACUGAAGAGUGAAGGCCUUGUGCUUUCCCUCGAAGAGCAGCUCAGUGCAUUGACCCUCUCCGAACUCCACAAUCCAGAUCCAUCUUCCAUGGUUUGCCUUAAUGGCACGUCUUUCAAGGCGGAGCUUUUCAAAGACGCUCGAGAGAGCACUAAGAUAUCAUCUCUGUUGGCAGAAUUGGAGGCAAUCCGAAGAAAUUCAGAGUCCCAGAAGAGUGUCAUUGUUUCCCAGUGGGCCAGCAUGCUUAAGGUUGUAGCAUUGCACCUUGAGAGACGCGGACUGACUUACGCCACCAUUGAUGGCUCUGUCAACCCCAAACAGAGGAUGGACUUGGUUGAGGCAUUCAACAGUAAUUCCAAGGGCCCACAGGUUAUGCUAAUCUCACUCUUGGCUGGAGGUGUUGGUCUGAACUUGACAGGAGGAAACCACCUUUUUCUUCUUGACAUGCACUGGAAUCCAUCACUUGAAGAUCAAGCUUGUGAUCGCAUUUACCGAGUAGGGCAGAAGAAAGAUGUUGUCAUACACAAAUUUGUUUGUGAGAGAACAGUAGAAGAGAAGAUACUACAGCUCCAAGAAAAAAAGAAAAAUCUGGCCAAACAGGUCCUGUCGGGAUCAGGAGAAUCUGUCACCAAGCUCACUUUGGCCGAUCUCAAAGUUCUUUUCGGCAUUUAA